GCAAGCCCACCAACCCCUUAUCAAUAUACGCAAAUCAUCAUCAGCUCGACCGUUGUCAUUAUACUGCCUACGGCGAGCCACUGUAUAUGAAUAGAGCUGUAGACACCUAAAAGUUCGAUGUUCUUCAAUUCACAUCCGACCGAGCACAUCCCGCAAGAAAUUAAAACGCAAGAGAUCGAUAGAGGGCUAUCUAACAGAGUGAACAUAAUGUCCUCGUCAUCAUCACCCUCUCCCCAGGAGAGAGAAUUUCUUCUAGAAGUUCAGCGGGGGGUUCGUGACGGACUGAAAGCCGAGGCUUGGUACGAGACUGAUGAUGGGUUCCCCUUUGGGAGAAGGCCUCGCCCCGAAUGGUUCUUGUUCAUAAAUCCAAUGCUCCACGAGCAAAAGUCGUGCCUACUGGAUGCCUACAGCCCAUCCCUGAUGUCCCUGGAGCACCGCUGGGCUCUGGAGCCGACGCGAAAAGCCUUGGCCAGCUGGCUCAAGUACUCGGAUAACGGAUUCUUUCACAUCUCCGGCAAGCCUCGCUCCGGGAAAACGCACAUGAUUGAUUAUAUUGCCCUCUCGGAGGUCGCCCGCGAGCACCUACAGACGUGGUGCAAGACCAAGCGCCUGACGCAGAUGAAAAUUUGCUUCCGGAGGACGGGCGACAGGCGGGAAACAUCAUGUGAGUGGAACCUGCAAGGAAUGCUUCGGGUCAUCCUCUGGUCCCUGAUUCGCGACAAGCAAGAGUCCUUUUUCCACGGCAGUACGAUUCCUAUCCGCGCGACUUCAAUGAAGAGCCUUUUCGUGCUAUACCUGGAUGGUCUGAACCACUUCAAGCAAGGCUUUUCCAGGAUGCUGGAUCACCUCAAGCAGUGGGUGUCCGCCCGGCCGCUUGACGUCAAGAUCUGCAUCUCAAGCCGCGGAGAGGCAAAAUUUCAGGACAGUCUGAAGUCCUAUCCCAGUAUUAUCAUGCAUGAGGUGAGCCAGGCGGAUAUGUUAUGGUACAUCCGAUGGGUGCUGUUGCACGAGGACGAGGAUUAUGCGGCCCGAUUUGUCAGAAAUACAUCGCCCAUGGAAAGGGAAGAACUGGAACAGCAUUUCCUGGCCAAGGUCAAUGGUUCGUUCUUUCUCCUUUGGAGUCUGAUAGGGCGUAUUAGGUUUAAGGAUAUAAUUUCUCGAGAUGCGAUCAAAGAUUUCGUUGAUGACUGGAUGCAACAGUACGAGCAAGGUACUCUUGACGAUGUUUUUGACCGGCAGCUGCUACGAGAGAGCUACCAAGACGAUCCGCCAAAAUUGUCCCGGGUCUGAGGCGAAAUCUCACUCUCAA